CGCGCGCCCGGCCAGAGAGCGAGCGCGCAGCGGCAGCGACCUCCCCGGCGCGCCCCGGCCAGGCCUCCCGCGCCCGUCGUCCCCGCACCCCGCGCCCGCGCCCGCGCCGCCAUGGGGGUGGAGGGCUGCACCAAGUGCAUCAAAUACCUGCUCUUCGUCUUCAAUUUCGUCUUCUGGCUGGCGGGAGGUGUGAUCCUGGGCGUGGCUCUGUGGCUCCGCCAUGACCCACAGACCACCAACCUCCUCUAUCUGGAGCUCGGAGAUAGGCCUGCACCUAACACCUUCUACAUAGGCAUCUACAUCCUCAUUGCCGUGGGUGCUGUGAUGAUGUUUGUCGGCUUCCUUGGCUGCUAUGGGGCCAUCCAGGAGUCCCAGUGCCUGCUGGGGACGUUCUUCACCUGCCUGGUGAUCCUCUUUGCCUGUGAAGUGGCCGCUGGGAUCUGGGGCUUUGUCAACAAGGACCAGAUCGCCAAGGACGUGAAGCAGUUUUACGACCAGGCCCUGCAGCAGGCUGUGGUGGACGAUGAAGCCAAAAACGCCAAGGCCGUGGUGAAGACCUUCCACGAGACGCUCAACUGCUGUGGCUCCAACGCACUGUCCACACUGACCACCUCCAUGCUCAAAAACAACCUGUGUCCUUCUGGCAGCAGCGUCAUCAGCAACUUACUCAAGGAAGACUGUCACCAGAAGAUUGAUGAGCUCUUCUCGGGGAAGCUGUACCUCAUCGGCAUUGCAGCUAUUGUGGUCGCUGUGAUCAUGAUCUUCGAGAUGAUCCUGAGCAUGGUGCUUUGCUGUGGCAUCCGGAACAGUUCCGUGUACUGAGGCUCUGGCUACCUGGGCCGAGGGGGGCCAGUGAGACCUGUGUGCCCCAAGCACAACCUGGACACUUCUGCAGAGGGGCCGUCUCCACCCGUGUAUAUAACUUUCCAGUAUUACUCUGCUAUGCCUAUUAGCCUUUUUACUUUUGAGGUUUUCUUUUUGUCCUGAAGUUCCCUUUCACCUUUUGGGACAUCACCUGGAGUGUGAGUAGGCCUUGGGGACUGCAGGGCAGGGGCCACCCACUGCCCUGGGGUCAUAGGGGGCUCCGCUUGCUCAGCCAGGCCCCUUGUGGGGGCCUGGGGCCCUUUGGCCAAGCUGUCCUCCCACCCUGCCAUCCGUGGGCUGUACCAUUCACGCCCUGUUUAACCCUUGCUCCUGUCCCACCACCUGUCUUUAGAGCCGGGUCUACGAUCAGCCUUAUGUCUUCAAUGCACCUCUCCUUUCUAACUCGUCACCUUCAACUGUAAUUACAUCUUGAAAGUCAUUCAAUAAAGAGGGAAAAAAACAGGCAUGUUAA